CUAUGGAAACAUGACCCCAUAAAAGGAAGUCCAUUCUGAUACCUGAGAUGUAACUGGACUGAAGAGUAGAACAGGAAAAAAUUCAGUGCCAACCUUUAAUUACAAUGGCUACUGAUUCAGGGGAGCCAACUAGCACAGAGGAUUCUGAGAAACCUGAUGGAGUUUCACUGGGAAACAGAGUUUAUCAAGUGGCAGCAACUUUGACAUUGGAAGCUAGACGGAAGAAAAAAGACAGUACUUUCUCUGCUUCUGGAGAAACUACAGAAAGGAAGAGAUUCUUUCGAAAGAGUGUUGAGAUGACAGAAGACAAAGUUGUUGCAUCUUCCUCCAAAGAUGAGAGAAUAAAGACUGCAACAAAUAUUCCAAGAGGAGAAAAACACCCUACAAAUGUUCUGAGAGGUGGACAAGAAGUUAAAUAUGCACAAUGUUCAAAGACAACUUCCGAAUCCUCAAAAGAUUUUUUCAAGGAGAAAAAUGAAAAGGAAAUGGAAGAAGAAGCAGAAAUGAAGGCUGUAGCUACUUCUCCUAGUGGCAGGUUCCUGAAAUUUGACAUAGAGCUGGGAAGAGGAGCAUUUAAAACAGUAUAUAAAGGACUGGACACUGAAACAUGGGUUGAAGUUGCUUGGUGCGAGCUGCAGGACCGGAAAUUAACCAAAGCUGAGCAGCAAAGAUUCAAGGAAGAAGCAGAGAUGUUAAAGGGUCUCCAACAUCCCAAUAUAGUUCGAUUUUAUGAUUCCUGGGAGUCUAUAUUAAAAGGAAAGAAAUGUAUUGUAUUGGUGACUGAACUUAUGACAUCAGGAACAUUAAAGACGUACUUAAAACGAUUUAAAGUCAUGAAACCAAAGGUCUUAAGGAGCUGGUGCAGGCAAAUUUUAAAGGGAUUGCAGUUCUUGCACACUAGGACUCCUCCUAUUAUUCACCGUGAUCUGAAGUGUGACAAUAUUUUCAUCACGGGACCCACUGGAUCUGUGAAGAUUGGUGAUCUAGGACUAGCCACUUUAAUGCGCACAUCAUUUGCUAAGAGUGUCAUUGGGACUCCAGAGUUUAUGGCCCCAGAGAUGUAUGAAGAGCACUACGAUGAAUCUGUAGAUGUGUAUGCUUUUGGAAUGUGUAUGCUGGAAAUGGCGACUUCGGAGUAUCCUUAUUCUGAGUGCCAGAAUGCAGCUCAAAUAUACCGUAAAGUAACUAGUGGCAUAAAACCAGCCAGUUUCAAUAAAGUCUCUGAUCCUGAAGUAAAAGAAAUCAUUGAAGGAUGUAUUCGUCAGAACAAAUCUGAAAGGUUGUCUAUCAGGAACCUACUAAACCACGCAUUUUUUGCUGAGGAUACAGGACUGAGGGUGGAGUUAGCAGAGGAAGGUGAUUCCUCAAAUUCAUCCCUGGCUUUAAGACUCUGGGUUGAAGACCCUAAAAAAUUGAAAGGCAAGCACAAAGACAAUGAAGCUAUUGAAUUCAGUUUCAAUUUAGAAAAAGAUACACCUGAGGAAGUAGCUUAUGAAAUGGUCAAGUCAGGAUUCUUCCAUGAAAGUGAUUCCAAAGCUGUUGCUAAGUCCAUUAGAGACCGGGUGACCCUGAUAAAAAAGACUAGAGAGAAGAAGCCAACUGGCUGUUUAGAAGAACGUAGGGAUUCACAGUGCAAGUUUGUGGGGAAUGUUCUUCCUCAGCCCCAGAAUAAAUGUUUGUUCCCUGCUCCUGCUCAGCACACUGGGGCUGAAUGUGAAGAAACUGAACUCGAGCAACAUAUUCAACAACAACUUCUACUUAGAAAAUCACAGCAGCACUGCUUCUCUGUUACAGGUGACAAUUUGUCUGAGGCAGGAGCUGGAUCAGUUAAACAGUCAGAUAUAAGUCAGCCCCGUAUAGCCUAUUCCUCAGACCAGACGAUGGGCUCUCAAAUGGUUUCUAACAUCUCAGAAACCAAAAUAAAUGAUCCACGGAAAAUUUAUCCAUCCCAGCAGCUAGUAGGAUAUUACCAGCAGAUUUCAGGGUUGCAGAAGCAGCCAAAGCUGACUCAGCCCCAAAUUUUGCCUUUGGUUCAAGGUCAGUCCACUGUUUUGCCUGCACAGGUCCUUGGACCUCCAGUUGUCUCACACCCCCAAGUUUCCCCAUUAACUGUCCAGAAGUUCUCACAGAUAAAGCCUGUCUCCCAACCAGUUGCAGUUGAACAACAAGCAACUCUUCUAAAACCGGAUUUAGUUCGAAGUUUACAUCAUGAUGUGGCAGCUGUGAAGGAAAUCACCAAUACCCCUGAUAAUCCAAGUGGAAAUGGCAAACAAGAUCGGAGCAAACAGAGAAGAGCUUCCUGUCCUCGACCAGAGAAGGGGACUAAAUUCCAGCUUACUGUCCUUCAGGUGUCAACUUCUGGAGACAACAUGGUGGAGUGUCAACUGGAGACACACAAUAACAAAAUGGUCACCUUCAAGUUCGAUGUUGAUGGUGAUUCACCAGAGGACAUUGCAGACUAUAUGGUCGAAGAUAACUUUGUGCUGGAAAGUGAGAAAGAAAAAUUUGUAGAAGAAUUGAGGGCUAUUGUAGGUCAUGCUCAGGAGAUCCUUCAUAUCCACUCUGCUACAGAAAGAGCCGCUGGAGUUGACUCCAUUACCAUGGAAUCCAACAUCAGCCAAACAGGAUCAUCUGAACAAGUACAGAUAAAUUCUGCAUCCACUCAAACCAGCAAUGAAUCUGCUCCUCAGUCAUCCCCAGUUGGUCGGUGGCGAUUCUGUAUCAAUCAAACAAUAAGAAACCGUGAGGCUCAAUCUCCUCCUUCACUUCAGCAGUCCAUGUCUACAAUUCCUGGGCUACAUCCACUUCCUAGUCCAAGAAACACAAAUAAUAAGGAAACAUCACAGGACACACUGCUCACUCUAGAAAAUAAUACAUGCCAGCGUGCACUUUUCACCUCCAAGUCAGAACACAAGGAGGUAGUUGAUGGUAAGAUUUCUGAAUGUACCAGUGUAGAAACUAAGCCAGCUAUGUUUUAUCCAGUGGAAGAAGACGGGUGUAUAAUGGCGCCAGUUGCUAGUAGUUCCAUUUGUACUGCCACUUCAGUUUGUGCAGUUCCAGUUGAAAGUGAGGGACUCUACAACCAAGCAGGCAUAUUCCUAUUUGUGCAUCCAUGUCACCAAGCUGCCAGUCAGGCUGAUAUACUUAUGACUCCUCCUGGUGAGUCAACUCAGAUUACUGGUAACUCUCUUAUAAUUCCGGCAUUUAUGUCUGAUCAAAAGCCUCAGUCCUUAUCAGUACAGCAGCCAACUAAGGAUGCAGAGUUUAUUUCCCAAGAAGGAGAAACCACGGUGAACACUGAAAUAAGUUCUCCUAAGACGGUCAUUCCCACUCAAACCUCUGGCCUUGAACCAACUACCCUUCUACCCACUACUGUCCUGGAAUCAGAUGGGGAAAGACCUCCAAAAAUGGAGUUUGCAGAUAACCGAAUUAAAAGUCUGGAUGAAAAAUUACGGAACUUGCUCUAUCAGGAGCAUAACAUAUCUAGUGUCUAUCCUGAGAGCCAGAAGGAUACCCAAAGCAUGGACUCUCCAUUUUCUUCCUCUGCUGAAGAUACACUCUCAUGUCCACUGCCAGAAGUCAUAGCCAUCAGUCACGGUGGAAUUCAAGAUAGCCCUGCACAGUCCCCUAAUUUUCAGCAAACAGGCUCUAGGAUUUUGCCUAAUGUGGCUGCAAGUCAGCCUGCUAACACAUCAGUGUUCAAAAGGGACCUGAAUGUGAUAACUUCUGUACCCAGCGAAUUAUGUUUACAUGAGAUGUCUCCAGAUGCUUCACUUCCAGGGGAUCCAGAGGCCUAUCCUGCUGCUGUGUCAAGUGGUGGAGCCAUUCGUCUGCAGACAGGAGGUGGAUAUUUUGGCCUAAGCUUUACUUGUCCUAGUCUCAAAAAUCCUAUUAGCAAGAAAUCCUGGACUCGCAAAUUUAAAAGCUGGGCAUACAGGCUACGGCAGUCAACCAGCUUUUUCAAGAGAUCAAAAGUCUGUCAAGUGGAAACAGAAGAUAAGAGAUCAGCAGUUGCUCCUGAUCCCAUUCCUAUGACAAGAGAGGCCACAGCUGAUACUAGAGCUUUGAGUAGAUAUAAAGCGAUGCCUGGAUCAUUUCAGCGGGGUCGGUUUCAGGUGAUUACAGUUCCUCAGGAGCAAUCAGUGAAAGUGAAAUCAUCUGGAAAAGAGCACAUACCAGCAGUAUUUAAGGAAAUGACAAGCCAUUCUAGUGAAGAAGCUCUAGCCUUUACUGAAACAUCAAAGGCUCAUUUGGUAAAAAUGAAACCUGCCACGCACAAUCCACAAACUUUAUUUUCUCCUCAGAAGUUACAAGCUCCUCAUUCAACCUUUAAGGAAGAUAAAAGAAUUCCCAAGCAAGGUGACAACUUCUCAUCUUCCAGCACAGCUUGUAAGACUGGUAAAUCUUCUAUGAAGUUACAAGCUCCUCAUUCAACCUUUAAGGAAGAUAAAAGAAUUCCCAAGCAAGGUGACAACUUCUCAUCUUCCAGCACAGCUUGUAAGACUGGUAAAUCUUCUAUGAUCCCAAAAAAGAAAUUGGAAGAAAUUUCAGCCGUGGGAAGUAGCACGCAGUCUGGAUCUAAAUUGUUACGUAAAGAGAGAGAGAUACUUACUGUAGGGAAACAGCCUAACUCUGAUGGUGAAUUUUCAGCCACUCUUGCUGGCAGAGGGAAGUCAGUGGCAAAGACUCGUCCAGAGAGUGGUCAGCGCUUGCCACUCCGUGGAGAAAAAGGCUAUGCUCAAACACAGAGCUCACUCUUCUAUUCUCCAUCUUCCCCAAUGAGCAGUGAUGAUGAGUCAGAAAUAGAGGAUGAGGACUUAAAGGUGGAGCUUCAAAAAUUACGAGAAAAACACAUUCAGGAGGUGGUAAAUCUUCAAACCCAGCAGAAUAAGGAGCUGCAGGAUCUCUUUGAACGCGUUCGGGUAAUUAAAGAUAGCAAAACCAAAUCAUCAGAGACUCCUCUGCCACCUGCAUCACCACGUAGACCAAGAUCUUUGAAAAGCAAACUUCGCAGCCGCCCCCAGUCCUUGACACAUGUGGACAGUGGCCCAGCUGCUACAGAUCCACAGUGUGUGGAGAGUAAUGCAGCAGCAUCGCGCCAGCAACCUCCAGCUAGUAAAAAAGGGAUGUUCACAGAUGACUUACACAAACUGGUGGAUGACUGGACAAAAGAAACAGUAGGAAAUUCUCUUAUUAAGCCAAGCUUAAACCAACUUAAACAGAGUCGACACAAACAAGAGACAGACAACUGGAACAGAGCAUAUGAUGUCUUUCAGAGCCUUGAAGACCACCAUUUGGAAGUGGUGGCUUUUUUGAGGGAAAAUGGCUUCCAUGGCCUUCUUGCCCAUGACUCCGAGUAUGCUCUCUACAAUAUUCCCUUUUACUACAGUUCCCAUGCUCUCAAGCUGAGCUGGAAUGGGAAGAACCUCACUACCAACCAGUUCCUGAUGCAGGAGGUGGCCAAGCAGCUGGGCCUGAAGCGGAUGAAUUUUCCCAUAUUUGCUGCUCUGCUAGGUAACCACAUUCUCCCAGAUGAGGACCUGGCUGCUUUUCAUUGGAGCCUCUUGGGACCAGAACAUCCCCUUGCAUCACUUAAGGUCCGAGCUCAUCAGCUGGUUCUUCCUCCCUGUGAUGUGGUGAUCAAGGCUGUUUCUGAGUAUGUUAGUUCCAUCAAAGACCCCUCUAACCUGGAUGUGGUUGGGAAGGAUGUUUUCAAACAGUCUCAGUCCAGGACAGAAGAUAAAAUAGAGCGAUUCAAGAAAGCAGUUGAGUACUAUUCAGUCACAACCAAACUUUCUUCGCUGCCAGUGGGUCCCUCCUCCUUUCUAGCUUCAGGUUUUCGUAAUAAUCGGCUUGGAAAUCCUCCCCUUCCACGACAUCAGAUGGGCACUAUCUCUGCUGGAAAGCCAAUGUUUUCUCACCACGUGCCGCAGAAAAUGAAAUAUCCACCAUCAUUCCCAAUGGGACCCAACUCCUCUCUCCUCUUCUCCUCCCAUGCUUUGGGGGAAUCCCAUGCUUUUUCUGAGGACCCCAUGCUACAGAACAGCCCCUUUGCCAGUUGGGCUGUCUCUUAUGACUCUUCUACACCCCAGUUUCCCAAUUACCUGACUUCCAAAGCCUCAUCUCUGGGACCAGACUCUUCCCACUCUUCUUCCUCUGAUGGUGAUGAGCCAAACGAAGCCAGCUCUCAUCACAUCACGGAAACACUUCAGCAGCCGCCUGUAUGGGAGAACCCAACUGAUGACAGAGGGUCCUGGGUACAGCCCAUUGAUGCUGGAGUUUCAGAUGCCAACCUGGGGGAUGGUGAGCCCCACAUCCCAUCUCUGCUAUCUAUGUCUACAAGGAACCACAUAGACAUCACCAUUCCUCCCUUACCUCCAGUAGCUCCAGAAGUCUUGCGAGUUGCUGAACACAGACACCGAAGGGGUCUUAUGUACCCGUAUAUCUACCAUGUCCUCACUAAGGGUGAGAUUAAGAUCCCUGUAUGUAUUGAGGAUGAGUGUAACAUGGAGCUGCCUCCAGCUGCCGUCCUGUUCCGGUCAGCUCGUCAAUAUGUGUACGGAGUCCUUUUCAGCCUGUCAGAGACACAGCGGAAAUUGGAACGCCUGGCCAUACGACGACGGCUGCCUGCGGAAGUUCCUUCAGUGAUCCUUAAAGAGUGGUCUGCCUACAAAGGGAAGUCACCUCAAACCCCUGAGCUGGUGUCUGCACUGACAUUUCGAGAAUGGACUUGCCCAAACCUCAAGAAGCUCUGGCUAGGCAAAGCAGUUGAGGACAAGAACAGAAGGAUGCGGGCCUUCCUGGCCUGUAUGAAGUCAGACACACCCAGUAUGCUCAACCCAGCUAAUGUCCCCACCCAUCUGCUGCUCAUGUGCUGUGUACUCCGGUACAUGGUUCAGUGGCCUGGUGGCCGAAUCCUGCAUCGUCAUGAGCUAGACACCUUCCUUGCACAGGCAGUAUCUACCCAGCUAUAUGAACCAGAUCAGCUGCAAGAACUCAAGAUUGAAAAACUGGAUGCUCGAGGUAUCCAGCUUGCUGCCCUCUUCAUGAGCGGGGUCGACACAGCUCUGUUUGCUAAUGAUGCCUGUGGUCAGCCAGUCCCUUGGGAGCACUGCUGCCCUUGGAUUUACUUCGAUGGCAAGCUGUUCCAGAGCAAGCUAAUUAAAGCAGGCCGAGAGCGAGCAUCCCUCGUUGAGCUUUGUGAUGGCCAGGCUGACCUGGCAACCAAAGUGGAAAAGAUGAGACAGAGUAUCCUUGAAGGAGUCAACAUGAGCCAUCCACCACCUUCUGCUCUCCUUCCGUCACCUACUUUUAUGCCUCCCAUGGUGCCCUCUCUCUACCCUGUUUCACUUUAUUCCCGAGCCAUGGGCUCUGUGCCACCUCCGCCUCAAGGAAGGAGCCGGGGCUUUGCAGGUCUCCAUCCAAUCCCACCCCAAGGAGGAAAACUGGAGAUUGCCGGGAUGGUUGUGGGCCAGUGGGCUGGCAGCAGAUCCUCUAGGGGCCGAGGCUCCUUUGGCAUGCAGGUGGUUUCUGUCGGUGGGCCAGGAAAGGGGCAUGGAAAAGAACAGACUGGUAGAGGAUCCAAAGGACAUAAAAAAGGAUAUAAACAAGGCACUUCAGAUGGAGUUUCUAAAUCCCUGGAGCCUAAUCAGAGUCGGUCCCGCUCACAGGUAAAUGGAGGCAAUGUCACAUUGAUCAAGGAAGAGAAGAGUGAUCAUCAUCUUCCAGCUCCAUCCCUGUGUGCCUUAUCCAGAGACAGCAGCAUGUGUAAUAAUGGUAACCGCUACUUCCCCAUGAAGAAUGUAGGGAAGAGCCGCUUGCGAGAGCAAAAACUGGGAACUAUGGCACGAGAAAAAGAGGAAUAACAAGCUGCAGAUGGCUUUACCAGAUCAGGAAGAGGGGAAAACAUACUUUUCUGAUUUUAGGCCCAAGUUAGAGGACGACAUAAAUACUUACACCAGAUUUAUCCGGGAUUUUGUUGGGCUGUCCUAUUGUGUCCAUCUUUUCCCCUUCCCUGUCUUUUUCUGGGCCACCAGACUUAGUGGUCUCUUCUGGGAAAGCUUUGGUCAAAGACAAAUGGCAAUAGGACUAGCUCCUAUUGUCAAAAUGAAUAUAGAGUACCAGUAUUCUCUUUACCUCCUCUGGAAGCCUAGUAAGGCAGUGACUGUCAGAAUUUGGGUGUCAUCACAUAAGGCCACAUAUAGAAAAGUGCCAGCUUCGGUUUUCUGAGUUUUCAUCAUGAUACUCACUUACAAAACCCAUGAGGUGGUGGGGACACCUGCCUAUGGCUUCCUAAGUUACUUUUUGCUCUAUAAAGUAGUGGGACCUUUGUAUGUAAUCAGUAUUCACCUCCUUCUCACUCCCCCACCUACCCGAGGAUUUUGUACCACCACCUCUAGCUCUGGCCUGACAAUCAGAAAGGUAGAUGUUUUCAGGGAAGUGAGGUAGUAUUGGUUAUUUUAUUUUAUUUUUAUUUUUAUUUUAUUUUAUACACUUAAAAAAAAACUACCAAUGGCCUUUGUACUGGGGGAUUCAAGUGAGUCGCAAAAGUACUAGGCAGAUUUUUCCUGCCUCUGAACUAACGCAUUGUUUGUAAAAUAGUUGAUGUGGCGCAGUUCGCCCACUCCCUGCUGCCUGCGCCCUGAAAGGGUGGAAAUCAAUGUAAUGACACUGAGUACGAAAGGGAACUCAAAAGACUCUGUGUGUGUGUGUGUGUGUGUGUGUGCACACAUUUGUGUAUGGGUGCAUGGGUGGAUGUAUAUAUGAAUGUGUGUGUCUAUAUGCAUACACAUACCCUUUAUAUAAAGAGACAGAUCUAUUUAUCUAUACAUAUUUUAUAUAUAUAAAUAUAUGUAUAUGUGUGUGUGUACAUAUAUAUCUACAUAUAGAUAUAUGCAUACAUACAUAUAUACAUACAUACAUGGUGAUGUCCCAGAGGAUUUACUGAAUUUCCCAGAAAUGCUUCCAUAGCAAUGGAGUGGUGGGUUUCAAAAGACCACACUUUAAAAUCCUUACUAAGUCACUGCCCAUCACAAUUCUGAGAAGAGGGAUGGGCUUCUCUAAAGCAGACAAAAAGUACUUUCCAGAGAUUGCCUGUUCAGAACAACAGUUGGGUUGUCACCAGCUUAAUCUUGAACAGAGCCCUCACAUCCCAUAUGGUGAAAACGGGAGGUUGGAACUGGAUUGGAAAGACUUGGGCAUUUCCGUAUGAAGGAGCAGCCAAGAUCAAAGAGAGAAAGGGGAUGGGAGACGAUCACCAGGCCUUGCAGCCAAUUCGGAGGAAAUCUCAUUCGGAACUCCAGGAUCAAACUGGCCUCAGGCUAGAAUUGAUUGCCAUGAGUCCCUGAAGGAGAGUGGACUAGCAUUGGAAAGACAGGUGGGGAAGUGCGAGGAAAUCAACAGUUUUGAUUUUACAUGCCUGGAUUGUUUCAUUUGUUCACUGACAUUUUGACUACUGGAUCUUUUCAUUUGCUUUGCAAGGAAGACUUUAUAGAGAACUCUGGCCCAGGCCUUUAGGGGUAGUUUGUGAAAGAUUCCCAGGCCCUAGUGUGGCCAGAAUCUGCCCAGGACAAAGAGGCUAUUCCUCCUCCACAGAGAUACUCUUAAAACAACCUUGCAUUUCCAGUUUCCCUCCUCAGCAGUCUAUAAGUAUGAGGGAUGGGAACAUGGCUUGCAACAGAUUAGCACUGUGUCUUCAUUCAGGAAUUGAGGCUUUCAGCCUCACACACCUCCUUUGGGCUUUGUGAUAUUUUUGCCCAAGAAGUACUAUUUCUAUAGGAGUACAACUGACUAGACUUCUAGCAGGGUUCUCUCUCUUUUUUUGAAAAACCCCAUGCACUUUAACCCACUGCAGGUCCUUGGUGAUUUUUUUCCCAGACAACCAGACAGCUGUUUGCUUACUGCCCACUUACAUGUCAUGAGAGAUUGAAAACAGUCUCAGACUGUUUAAUCCUAGUCUGGCCCAGUUUAAGAGAACCUACAAUUUGCAGGAGGGAGUUCUAGAAUUCCUCCCCCCUUGCCCAGACACUUCUUACAUGAACCAAAGCAGGAUGACAAGAAUGCACACCAAGCCAAAUAUAACCAGGAACAAAGUGUACAAAAAUCUCGUUUGUGGAAUUGGGUCCCUGAAUUUGGUCCCCCCUCUUCUUGGACCUGCCCAACCUUUCGCAACAUCUUGAAGGUUAUGACUUCUAUAUCCAGCAGUAGUGAACUUAGAUGGCUUGGAAAUUUCUUUCUGGAGCCACAGCCAGGAGGAAUCCUUAGGAGCUCGAAAAGGAAUCAGAGUCGCUGAGCUGUGUUAAAUCUUUUCUAUUGUAGUUCUCCAUUUUCUCAUAGGAAGUACUUGGAGUGAUAUGUGAUAUGGAAAGGUAUUUUCUUCAGUUGCUGUUUCUGUGCAUCUUGAAUCUAUUUGAUACAAUCAAAUGACAGUAUUGUUAACUCUCGCAGAUUUCUUAUUUUAUAGGCAUUCACUGUGAGAAAUACAGUUGCUACUUUGACAGGGAUGAUUCCAGUUUGCCAAAAGGCUUGCUUUUUCUCCCUUGUACAAAUCUCCACUUUAUCCUAGGCUGGCCCGGGGUGAAACAAGUGGCUCACUUCCAACCGUGACUUUUACUUGGAUUCGGAAUUUGGAUUUGGAAGUUUACUAGAAAGAACCAUGACAGGCCAUAUUCCUAUAUUUUAAUUUAUCUGCCAAAACACACAAUUCAGAAGCCAGAAAGACUAAGGAUCAUUACUGGAGGGUGGACUGUUUAUCACUGGAGGACAAAUUGGGAAAGGCAGAUCUGAUGUUUGCUGUGAGUACCACUUGAAGAGGCUAUCAUCCUUCACUUGGUUCCAUUUCUGUGAUGUGGCCUCUCUUGAACAAAGUCAUACAGGAACCCCCAGAAAUGGCCCCUUUACCUUUAGGGCCAUAAGCAAAAGCCCCCUGGUUGUAUAUAGCCACUGAUCCCCAAGACUUGGCAGUUGUUGACUUCUGCUGCUGUGCCUUGGGGUCAGCCUAUAACUCCCACCCGUAUUCAGUGACCAGUCUGGUCUGGACCAGGUCUGGCAAACUUCUGCUCACUUGUAUCGUUUUCAUUCUGAGCCAGUAGGACUUCGGGUAAACUUUAAAGCCCAACAAAUGGCACUUCCUUCAUCUAGUGACAUUUGAUUUUUGUCUCCAUCUUGAUUUUCUGGCAUUGCUUGCCACUUCACAUUAACUUUUUUUGAUCACUGAGAAAAACAGCCAGACAAGGCAUUUGGGAGGAUGGUUAAGGUGGGGGUUGGGGGAGGAAUGCUUACGUAGGGUAGAAAGAUUGUGGAAGUCCAUUGGAACCAUGGAAGGCUCCUGUGGGAAUGUCAGUGCUACCCUCUGAGCCUGUAAGACCCCCAUCCUUGGAACUGACAAUACGAGUAGACCACAGUUUAAAGUAGUUAGUAUAACUCUACUAAGGUUUAAUCAUUAUACUUGUUCAUUUCCUGAUGCAUAUUUUCUAAAUAUGCUUGGGUGUCGGGGGUGGGGGGGAGGGUAACUUUUCACUGUUCCAUUGUGUGUCACCCUAUAUUUUUCUCCCUCUCCUGACUUGGGCAUCUUCUUUUGUUUGACUUUUCAUUUUCUUUUCUCCUGGCUUAUUGCAGUAGUCUGCUGGUGCAGGUAGAGUUCAGUGUACCUAUUCCCCUAUUACUGCUAUUUAUCUUCAAUAUUGCCAGAGGUUAUUUUGAUGUUCUAAGAAAUUAACUUCAUUUUUUAUGAAACCAUCUUUUCCAAGUUAAAAGCAAAAUACUCCCUGUGCCAGGGUGCCCAUUUCAGCUUUUGACAUUGCCCUUGUACUUUUAUAUUUUAUAGAUGCUCUUUUUCUCCAAGUUGUUAGUAACUAAUGACUAGUGAAUUUUCAUGUAAAUGAAGCAAAUUUAAUAUUUCAUAUUUCAUUAAUCUCUCAUAACCCCGCCAAAUCUGGUGACUUCAUUUUAGUUACUUCCCAGAAGACAUGUCCCCUCCCACCUUUUAUUUUAUUCUAUUUUUAGAAUAACAAACAUACUAGGUAAAGAAACUUUAACUGCAAGGAGUCAAUGAUGUUUUGUGCUCCCUGAUAAACGAUGUUAUUGACAAAAGUAAGAAAUUCUUUCAUUGUUUCUUUCUGUGUUAAUAUCUCUUCUCCUGUGCCCUUGACAGUGUGUUUAGUGGGUGGAUAAUCUGUAUUUCUUUUUCCCACUCCCAGAUUCCAAAUUCCCUGCCUUUUUGGCCCACCUCACCACAAAAGCUCCAUAGUUUAUUAAUGUAAGUUUGAAUGGAUGCUUCUUAGGGGAAACUGCAGGAGUUAAUGGAAGUAUUUCAGAAAAGAAUGAAAAUGUCUCAGGAGUUGUUCUGUGAUGGAAAUUGGUUGUUGUUCUGAUAAUGCUGUUGGAAAGAAACUUACAGUGCUUAAUAAAAGUCUAUUCUUUUAGUAAAAAUUAAUGUGAAAUAAUUUUGGAUGUGUGCAGUUUAAUUUCUUCUUUCAUAUCUGGAUCCCUUUUGCAAAUGGAGGAUAUACUUGUCUCAAUGCACAGAGAUUUGGAGCCUGUUUGUAGGUGAAUAUCAGGGCAAGUGAGCCAGCACAAGAAUCAUCAAAUGGAAGGGCAUAUUUUGCUUCCUGCUGAACUUCUUUAUUUGGGUGUUUAAAAGGUACUGUUGUUU